AUGCCUAAUAUCAAGUACUUAAAUUUGAAGGGUGCAAAAGUCAAUCGGGAUGGUCUUGUCAUGUUGCUGCGCGGAUGCAAAGAUCUGGUGAUGUUGGACGCCAGAGAUUGUUCUGGUUUCGAUGAGAAUGACGAUGAAAUAUCAAAGCUUGUGUCUCAUAUUAGUAAAUUUAUGUGCGAGGGUUCUGAAUUUCCUGAAUUUCUUUGUGGUAUGGACAAUUUUGUUCUUCCUGUUGAUGGAUACUCAUUUCAUCUACAUGUGGAGGAGACGUGGGAUGAAAUGCUCAAUGAUUUGCGCGAUGCGUUCAAUGAUUUGGGCGACGAGGAAUGA